AUUGACGCGAAGACUGGUGAAAAUUAGUGGUGGGACGGCUGGCAAGGGCAUGUGGAGCCUCAGGCAGCCACUUGCAACGACGAUCAACCACGUCCCUCAUGGCAGCAGCGACCAGCAAACAAGCAGACAUACAUGUACAAGCAACCCAUGUGCUCAAGUCAGUUUCCCUCUUUGGCUGCUACAUCUAUCGACAUCGACCCGCUCCGAUGGCCAACUCGGCGACCCAAGCAUGUCCCACCUGUCCAACAUGCAACAGACGACUGCUACGACAUUGCCUGUACUGCACAAUUACAUCUAGGCCAUCUGCCGAGGACGCCGCGAUCCUGACACGACAAUGGGCCGAUGUGACGUGUUUCAAAGCCUCCAAGAGCCUGCCCACCGCUCUCGCCAAAGUCCCAACCAACCAAGGCGCGGUGUUUCAUCGCUCCAGCCCUGUUCGUCAGGAACAGAAUCGCGACAGACAACAUCAAUCAACAAGUGCAUUUUCUGUCUUCUUCCUCGCCUCUUUUGAAUUCAAAUUCCGAGGACUCUCCAUUCCACCUGCGCAAAUCACGACUCCUUAGUGGCUACUCCGUGAACUAGGCAGCUUCAACGAUAUUGUUGAGACAAUCGACACCUAUCUCAGCAGCAUACAUAUCUGGUUCCCA